AUCAAAACAAGCUAGAAAAUUAAAAAAAAGAAAGAACAAAGAGAGAGAGAAUAGAGGAAAGUUUUUAGAGAUGGAGAGAGCCGCGACUCCCAAUACUAGACACCAAUACCUUUCCUUUUUCGUUUUGAUCCGAUUUAAUUCUUUGUAAUUAUUAACCAGGCAUCGUGGAUUAGGAGUUUCUUUUUGUCUCUGGAAAGGUAGAAAAAUUACGACGAAAACCUAGAUCUCUGAUUACGUCUUGUUUCGUUUUUGCUACGAUUUCUUGAUUGUUUCCUUCGGCUUCGUCGGUGGUUGCGAUUGCGGUUGCGGUUGAUUCGGUGGUAGAGUGGUUUUUUUUUGUUUUUGUUUGCAUCAACGGUUCUUUGGCCUCUCCGUCUUGUUUGUCGGAUUCUUUGUUCGGUGAAUUAGGGUUUGGUAGCUAGGUUUUCAAUUGCGAGUGUUAUUGCGUCGAUGGAACCUCGUGUGGGGAAUAAGUUCCGGCUAGGUCGAAAGAUCGGUAGCGGCUCGUUUGGAGAGAUCUAUCUUGGCACUAAUAUUCAGACUAAUGAAGAAGUUGCCAUUAAGCUUGAAAAUGUUAAGACGAAGCAUCCUCAACUGCUAUAUGAAUCAAAAUUAUACAGAAUCCUGCAGGGAGGAACUGGAAUUCCAAAUGUUAGAUGGUUUGGAGUUGAGGGAGAUUACAAUGUUCUAGUAAUGGAUUUGCUUGGACCUAGUCUUGAAGAUCUGUUUAACUUCUGCAGUAGGAAACUCUCUUUGAAGUCAGUUCUUAUGCUUGCGGAUCAGAUGAUCAAUCGCGUGGAGUUCGUCCAUUCAAAAUCAUUUCUACAUCGGGAUAUUAAGCCUGACAAUUUUCUUAUGGGUUUGGGAAGGCGUGCAAAUCAGGUCUACAUCAUUGAUUUUGGUCUGGCUAAGAAAUAUCGGGAUAGUUCAACCCAUCAACAUAUUCCUUACAGGGAGAAUAAGAAUUUGACAGGAACAGCAAGAUAUGCAAGCAUGAACACUCACCUUGGAAUUGAGCAAAGCCGGAGGGAUGACCUAGAGUCUCUUGGUUAUGUGCUCAUGUACUUCUUGAAAGGAAGUCUUCCAUGGCAGGGACUGAAAGCAGGAACAAAGAAGCAGAAGUAUGAGAAAAUUAGUGAAAAGAAAGUUUCAACAUCAAUUGAGGUCUUAUGUCGGGGUUAUCCUUCAGAAUUUGCUUCAUACUUCCAUUACUGUCGUUCACUUAGAUUUGACGAUAAGCCAGACUAUGCUUACCUGAAAAGAAUAUUUCGAGACCUUUUUAUUCGGGAAGGCUUCCAGUUUGAUUAUGUCUUUGAUUGGACCAUAUUGAAGUACCAGCAGUCGCAGCUGGCUGUUCCUCCGGCCCGUGCUGUUGGUGCCGGAGCUGGAACUAGUUCUGGAAUUCCUCUGGCCAUUGCAAUUGCUGACAGACAGACAGGGGAAGAAAGCCGACCUGCUGGUCUGUCUUCAAUGGAUUACUCACGGCGAAGAGUAUCAGGACCUUCAAAUUCUGGAAAUUUUUUGAAACAGAAGAAUCCGGUAGCUCAUGAUUCUUCAAUUGCUAAAGAUGCUACAACCGUGCAGUUUCCAAGCUCCAACAUUGUGGGGCGGUCAAGCGGAUCCUUAAGGCGACCUGCUGUUUCUAGCAGCCGAGAUGCAUUUGUUGGAAGUGAGUCAGAUCCUCAACGCUCUUCCACGAUGGAAGCAAGCCCCGCAGCGUUACACAGGGUGUCAAGUGGGCAGUCUCCUGUGGGAUCCUCUGAUCCCAGGCAUCCAUCGUCAGGAAAAACUACCUCUCACACAAAGAACUAUGAAACUACCCUUAAGGGUAUUGAGAGUCUGCAUUUUGACGGUGAUGAUAGGGCUCAUUAUUAGAUGCCCUGUUGGUGCGCAGUGCUGUAAAUGAUGAAUUUGGCUGAUUUUCUUUUAGGCGUGCAGUGCAAUGGAUUUUAUGUUGGAAUUGAGUUUCAAGAGAAUUGUGAUUCAUUGCCCCCAGGAAAUACUGGUUUUGGAUAAUGGCACUCAAAAGCAUUAAAUGAUCAAUGUGGAAACGAGUCCGAAAUUCCAAAUUUGGCUGCGCCAAGUGAGCACGUGGUUCCUUUUUCUGUUGAGGUUCAAGUGUGCUUACAUAGAUACGGCUUCAUCUUUUUUUUUCCUUUGUUGUGCACUUUCUUUCCUCGUGAGGUUUACCUUAUUUCUGGAGUAGUUUGUCCAAUUUAAGCUCUGAUUGUUCAUGCUGCCACAAAACUUUAAAAAUUUUAUGGCUCUGUAAAUUGGCGGGGUACUUUUACUCUGUUAUUUGAUUUGCUUUAAUUUUAGCAGAAGUACAGCGUUAGAUUGUACGGAGGCAGUUGCUGCAUUCGAAAGUCUGGUUGCAGCAUUGAAGUGCUAAUGUAAACCUCUUUAGGUUUAAUAAUACGUUGAUACUAAUGUGGUAAGAACAAAUGAUUCCGUUUUAGUGAAAUAACUUUUCUCGGUU